AUGGUUCACAUGCCGCAGUUCUGGGUUGGACAGAAGCCAUCAGCCGAGGUGAAUGAGACGACAAAUGAAACAGCAGAUUGUGUCAAUGCCACAAUCAACGAGACUGCCUGUUUUUCACGUGAUGCCGCAAUGCUCCAGAAUGUCGAACCGAAGAACACCAAGGAACUCUUUGCCAAGGCUUAUGGGGCGUCGGCCCUUCUCGAUCACCAGAAAGAGAGCUACCUUUAUGGAAUGAAAGAGCUCGACGACUGUCGAAAGAUCAACGAAACGACAGCAGUGCGUCAAGUAUCCAAUGAUCCCCUCAAAAUCUCGAUGCCUUGCAUCUUCGACCCACAAGCGACUUUGUUGUGUGACCAUUGGCGUCUGGACUCCUACGAGAAGGUGUGCUUGCAGGCUGCUUGGAUGGUUGGACUGGCGCUGAGUCUGGCUGCCCUUGCUGGGUCAACCCUGGCUGGGCCCAAAAUCAGGAACAUGUUUGGCGAGUCGCCGGAGGCCUCUACGCUUUCGAAGGACGACAUCAACCGAAUGGAAGCAGAGGCGGUCGUGAACGUCAUCUAUGGAGAUUCCACAGCAGCUGUUGCCAAAGUCAUUGAGAUGGUAUUCAACGUGUGCACUGUCAUGAUACCCAUCUCGAACGUGGCCAUAUAUGCACUUGCUACGGAGAAAACUUAUUUUCCGGCUUCCCAAGGGCACGGAAUCUUUCAGUUGUGUGCGGACUGGCACGACGCCUGGUUGCUGGGAUCCAUUUGCCUGCUGAUCUUUUUUCAGGCUGUAAGGGCAGCAGCAUCCAGGAAAAGCCCACGAUUCUGUGGCAGUGGCAGCUUUGCGUGGUUGGUGUACCUCUUGACGGAUGUCAGCUCUAUAGCUGACAGUGUGGCCGUAGCGCUGUCUUCCUAUUCCUUCUUGUAUUGCAGAGCUGUCCACUGGAACUGGAUGAUCUUCUCCUUCGUGCGUGUGAUCGAAUCCCUGGGACACUGGGGCGUCGGCGUGAACUUCCAUGGUUUCACGCAGGGGGGAGGUGGCAGAGAGGACCGUCGAAUGCUGAUUGCAAUGAGUGGCUUUGGUCUGGUGAUGUGGGUCUUAAUCGGAAGCCUAUACUAUGCAGUGAACAGCCAGAACUCUGCGAGCGAGUGGGUAACAGCCGUUCCUUCUUGGCAGCGCUUUGAAUCCAUUCCAUCUUCCAUGUUCUUUGCCUUGCUGAACCUGUACAAAAAGAAUCCUUUGGCUCUUGCUUUUGACAACUUCCACGAGCAGCUGCUGGUGAUCUUUGUGAAUGUCGCUUGUGUUCCAAUCUUCGCAUUGGUGGCGGGCAUGAUUGGCAGCGCAGUUACCAAUGCAGUAUGUGCCAAGGAUCCGAGAGACAACAAGCUGCAAGAGGAAGAGGCGAAUGCUGGUGGAGCUGGCGGCGGCGAGGAGUACGAGGAGGAGGAAGAGGAGGAAGAAGAGCAGGAAGAGGAUCCUCUUGUGGAAGACGUAGAAGAUGUCAGAGUGGCGAACAUCUCUGUGCCGGAGCAGUGGCGACAAAUUCUCCUUUCAUGGCAAGAAUAUUUCCUGAGCCUGACGUGGGAGGACAACCUCCAUCCAGUUAUCAUGGCCAUCUUGGGUUUCGGAUCGAUCUUCUUCUAUGGCGUGACUACCUCGUACAGAGACAAUGGGACUCCCUGGUUCCCUCCUUGGGCCUAUCCAGCAGUCGAUGGAGCUAUCGGAGCGGCCUUCCUUGCAGACUGGAUCACGAGCUCCGCCCGCUCCGUCGCAGCAAUGCGAGACAGCAGCGAGGCUGCAGACACCGACGGCCUUGACACAGCCGACAUGUCGCUUUGGAGACACACAGGCUACUUCACUGCUUCCGUGCCCGGCAUCUCUCAUUUGCUGUUGGUCGUGGCGAAUGGCCUGGAGGAGUCGCAGGACAAGUUUGUUUUCUGCCUUUGCAGUCUCUGGCGGAUCUACUUGUUGGAGAAGUGGUUGGACCAUCCGUUUCAGCUCGUUCUGGAAGCUGUGCAUAAGCAUCGGAAAGCUUUGGCAACCACAGGUGCCGUUUCCAUUUUCGUUUGGUUCCUUGGUGCCCAUCUUCUCUUUGUCUCGGAGUUCCGCAAUCCGGAUUUGGAAAUUCACCUGAACUAUGGGUCCGUGUUGCGAUCCAUCUGGGCUUCUUCAAUUUUCUUGAACGGCGAAUGGGUUUUCUGCGAUUUCACAUGGUCAGGAAAGGCAGUGGGAUGUCUUGUGGUCCUUUUUGGGGUGAGCAUCGUCGUAGUUCCGAUGAUGGUUUUCUCUGGCGAAUUCAUGAAGCAGCUGCUGGGUGAUUUCUUCGAACACAACGUGGAGCAUCUGAAGGCUGAGGAAAGGGAUCUGUGGCAGCUCAAGAUGGAACCGGCUGACGAUGCUCCCAGCUGGCGCAAAGAAUUGUUCAGCCUGCUGUACGCGCAUUUGCAGCGGUUGAAGAAAGGCUUACAACAGCAGACGCAGUAUCAUCGGUCAAGAGUUCUUCGAGAAGAAAGGCCUUGGAAAUUUCAGCUGUUCAAGCGAGUGUCGCUGGCAACAUCUCUAAUCUUCACACUCGUGACAUUGAUGGAAAACAGCCAAUAUAUGAAUGCUAAAGAGGGAUGUCGGGAGCGCGAGCUCAAGAACAUCAUCUUCAAGUACGUGCUCAGCACCGCCAGCCAACAAGAAUGCCAGAGUUUUCUGGCUUGGGUCGACAUGAUUGAAGCAAGGGUUGACACGCUUUUUCUGAAUUUCUUCGUCCUGGAGUUCAUUCUUCGUUGCAUCGCCCUGGGCUGGCGCCACUUGGUCUCUGAGCUGGGCCUUGCGGAACUCUUUUCGAUUGUUGGCUUGAUCUGGUCUCUGCCGGCACGUUUCCGAGAGGACGCGUUGCACAACCCGAAGACAUGGGAGCAAUGGCGACUCGACGGAUUCCUUCUCGGAGCCGUUGUGCCUCUGCGACUCUGCCGGCUGGUCUCUGUCGGGUCCUAUUUCGGAGUUGUCCGCGCAGUCCGGAAGGUGCUCUUCAUUGCCCGGUGGCCUUUGAUUAAGAGCUUCUACUUUCUCGUCGUGGUGUGGUACACUCACGCCAUGCUUCUGCACCUUGCGGAGAUGGACAAUCCCAAAUGGGCCAUCGCUGGUGCGCAAGUCAAACCAGCAGAGGAUAAAGAUCCCGAGGCCUUGGUCAAAAUAAUACAGCCGAUGCAGCAAUCGGAACGAUUCGGUGACUACCUCGUGGCCAUGCAGUACAGCCUUUUGCACCUGACCGGCGACUAUCCCAUCGUAAAGUACACCUUCGCUGCCAAGCUCCUGCUGAUCGUUGGGCUGGUGGUCGGUACAUGCGCCAUCGUGGUGUGGACUGCAAUUUUCAGUUCCAGCAUGGUGAACUACUUGGCGAACGAGGCCGUCGAGGACCCUUUGGCCAAAGCGGUGGAGCGUCGGAUGUUGUUAGCAAUAGAGGUUGUGACGCGCAUUCAGCGCACUUGGAGGCGCAGGCAAGCUGCACGAAAGCAAGCAAUCGAACAAGGCCCAGGCCCAGGCCCAGUCCAGACUCCAGAGGCCUCAAGGCCCUCUAGGCCUGGCAACUCCGUCCUCAGAAGAUGGUGGACAGAAUUCCCUUGGGAGCGUUUCUUUCAGAUCACCCUCGUUGUCAACCUCUGCGUUAACAUGCUUUGCUCGCUGCCGGAGGUCGUCCCGCCGCCAAAGGGGGAGCUAACAUGCGAGGAGCUCUAUCGUCAAAAGAUUCACGCGAAAUUCGAGGCAGUGUGUCUCAUAAUCUUUACAGUGGAAUUGGUCGGCGCCCUUCGAGCAGGCAAGGGCAGUGAAGGCAAACGGUGGUACUUUUAUCGAACCGUCGAUUUCCUCUGCCUGUUGCCCGGGCUUGCCACGAUUGUGGCAGUCACGGCGGAGCUUUACAGUGGGGGCGGCCCUGACUGUGGAAAGCAUGCCGAAGUGCCAAAGCAUGCCGAAGUGCCAGCCGAAGUGAGAAGCUUCCUCGACGCGCUGGACAUGCCUUUAAAAGCAAUGAAAAUGAUCCGAGUUCUACGCAUCCUGUUCUGGCGCCAGUGGAAGGAUGAUGUGCAAGUCUUUAUCCGAGGGGUAACAUCUUCAGGCCCCAUUCUCGCAGUGCCGGUGUUCAUGUCGCUUCAAAUCUGGGUGGUGAUCUCGAGCCUCUUCGUUUUCACGGAGAACUCCUGGAAAUCACCCUCCCAGGUCUUCUUUGCAUCGGUGCCCUCGUCCAUGUACUGGACCUCUUCCUUCCUUAUAGGAGAGUGGACCCUGGCAGACUUUUCUCCAGGAGCUGGGUCACGAGUCUGCAUAUGCACAGCUCUUUUUGGCACCAUGGGUUUUGCGAUCCCCAUGGGCAUCCUCAUGGAGGGGGUCAAACAAUCGAUGGUCGUCGACAUGAUGGAGCGGUUGCCCCUCAACGAACUGGCAGAGUACGAGGACACCGAGACGAAGAAGUCAAAGCGUCCGUCUCAGCAAUCGAUCAAGGCAGAGGCAAUGCGCCAUCAGGCCGAUGCUUCGUCAAGUUCAAGGAUGGACCGUGGAAUUGACAGACAGCAGCAGCUCAGGCGUGCGGCCAAGCUCGCUGCUAUGACAAGGCUCCAGGUCUCAAAGGGCAAAGACGAGCCCCACAAGCCGCCGAAGGCAGGCAGCGCAUGA